UUUAAUGUGUAAAAAUGGAUCGUCAACCAAUGCUAUUUGUUCAUCUCGGUUUUAUUAUUCAGCAGUAUUAUAUUUAUUUGCCUUAGCUACUAAAUUUCUGAUUUGUUUUUCAUUUUUACUUUUGAUAACAAAAGUUUGAAUCUUCACAUCUAUAUUAUAUUUAUGUGUAUUAUUCACUGAAAAUUUUGCGAAGAUGUGCGGUAAUGGAGAACAAGGGAAAAUGAAGGUAAAGGAGAAAAGUCAAUUCGCUAACUUCUUUCUCCAUGUUCUUAAGGGUUCCUUGAUUACCGGAGUUCCAGAGAUAUGUACUGCUGGUACCUUUUCGAAGAAAGUAAUACGUAGUGUUGUGUUUAUAGUGAGCUUGAGCGGUUUCAUAUACCAGUCACUGAAGUUUAUGGACAUUUACUGGAGGCAUGAAACUGUUGUUGACCUGAAAGUGACAAAUGAUCCUGAUACAGAACUACCAGCAUUCACUAUAUGCAACUACAACGGGUUAAGUGCGACUAAAAUAUGCGAAACGGAAGUGUUCCGUGACAGAUGUCACGAAUCACCCAAAGAGAUUGUUUCAGAUGGAUGGCUUUAUGAGGAAGUAAAUGAAUUGAAACCUAAUUAUUUUCCAGAUCGAGAAGUUUAUAAAGAAAUAAGUCUUUUGGAAUAUAAGGAAUGCGAAAUGUUCCUGCAAGAAAAUAGCAUUAUAGAAUGUCUUGCUCAUUUCACCAAUAACAAAUCGAAAUAUUUUGAUUGCAAGAAAUACUUAAGCCAAACAAUUAAUCGCCCUGCCGUCGAUGCGCCAACUAUAAGCUUAUGUUGGACUGUGAAUUCGUUAAUUGGGAAAGCCGAUGUAGUGCCUAUAAACAACAAUGGAGAUGCACAAUACGUCAUGAUGUAUGUGCCGAAUAGUGUCGAGACUCCAGACUUUCUGAGUCCUGUAUAUGCCCAAAUGGCAAUUCAUGAUCCACGACAAAUUGUCAAUCCUUUUUACGAAGGUUUCUCUGUACAAGAUGGUGCACAUGAGACGCUCCGCUUGAAAAAGGUUAUAAAAAAACUUCUUCCUCAUCCAUAUGACACGAACUGCAUAGAUUAUUUACAACAAUGGAAAUCUAGAGGAAGUUUUGGACCAACAAAUAAAAAGGAAUGCAUUCAAGAAUGUCAAAAAAGCAUCAGCUUGAAUGAAUAUGGAUGUAUAUGUCAAAUGUAUAGCAUGUUAUCUGGAAAUGAAAGAAGAUGUGACGCUAGUAAGAUAGUAACCUCAGAAAUGGCAAGAAAAAUUAAUGAUUGUAAAAUGAAAAAUUGUAGACCUGCUUGCUAUGAGGAAUCUUAUGAAGUAACAAGAGAUUCAGGCGUUUCGAUACAAGUGCUUGGAUGUAGUACCAAGAAGCCUGCUUUUCAGUUUACAAUGAUUUUGAUUGAAAUGGAGGGAAUGGAAGUGACUGAAUACACUUAUCGACCCAAGUAUGAUAGUAUUGAAAUAUUCAGUUACAUUGGUGGAUACAUCGGAAUGUGGCUUGGAAUUUCUCUGAUGGGCAUAUUUAACUUGUUUGAGUUAAUUUUUCAAGUGUUGAUGUAUCCGUUAAGGAAUUACACAGAAUCAAGAAGUAAGACAACGCGAAUGAGAAAAAUAUGCGUUAAACACCGAAACACAUAAAUUUAGAAUGAAAUUUAAGGACGAAUUUUUUUAUUUCUACAUUGUAGCUUAGUGUUCACUCUUAUACUUCUUUUAAUAUCUUAUGAAAUACAGCAGAUUUGAACUCAAAAAUUAUUAUUUAUUUAUUGUAUCAAAAUAAAAAUUAUUUCUUUGAAAAUAUCUCCUAGCAUAAUAGGCUGCAGUAAGCAGCUGAAAAUUGGAAGCCGUGAAGGUAAGGAGAUCGAGAUUUAUUUUUGUUUACCUUUGUAUUGAAAACACCAUUAUUUGACUUCAUAAAUAAUUUACGGCAAAAUUUUAAUUUAACAACAGAAAUAUUUUUCGAAGAAGAAAAAGCAAGCAAGAAAUUUACGCGCAUGUAAUUUUUUAAUAAAUAUAUCAAGCACGUGGAGUAAAAUCAAUCAUCAUAAAAUCUAAGCACGUGGAGUUUUAAGAUACACUAAAAAUAAAAUAAUAGAUAUAAAGACUUUCAAGAAGUAUUCUAGAAUUUUGCUGUAGAAACUGUUCAAAAUGCACCUCAUUUCAGGUAGUGCCGAUGUAAUAUGUGC